AUGGAGGAUGGCAGGAGAGCCCACACUGCCAUUGUUGGCUGGGCAUGUACCACCCUGUGCUUGGUCUCUUGCGCGGCCGCCUUCUCGCACGGCGCGAGCCUUUCUGCCUGUGCCGACAUGAUGCCCAGGCACCUCAGAGUGCAGCUGCACAGCCCCAACAGCAACUACGUCACUGUCCACACCAACAUGUCCUUCUACUUCCCAGGUGACAAGGUUCCAGUGACAGUGAGGAGCACCCGGGACUAUAUGGGCUUUAUGCUCCAAGCUCGCAAAGUGUCCAACAACGAAAUCGCUGGCACAUUCAUCUUCAUGCCUCCUGGUUCCAAGCUGCUGACUUGUUUUGAAGAUGGGGACACUGUUACCCACUCGGACAAGUCACUGAAAAGAAACCUGUCCUUUGUAUGGAAAGCACCAGACCAACCCAUUGGAGACAUCAAGUUUUUCAUCUCCAUAGUCCAGUCAUACUUUGUUUACUGGGCAAAGAUUGAAUCUGCCAUCGUGGCUCAGGGGGGGCAAAACAAGACGCUUGCUGGCAGUAGCAAGAAGCCCUACACUGCAGCCCCUGUGCCCUCGCAGGGACCAGAUGACACACACUCCACAGGAACGGUGAGCAAAGGUCCCACCUCUCCUGCAGGCUCCCCCCUGCGCACUCCGGCACCGCCUGCCAGCCCCACUGGCAACAUGGCAACACCAGCACCAGAGCCAGGUUUUGGAGUCGGGUCAGAUGCCCGUCCCAUUGCUGAGCCAAAGCAGCCGGCACGGACUUCACGGGCUGUGUCCGGUGGGAACGUCAGGUCCAGAGGCCGGGCACUGGAGCCAUCCUUUCCCACCCAAGAAGCAAGCACGGUGGAUGCCUUGCAAGGUUUCCUCUCCCAGAACAAUGCCUCCAGCUUCAGCACCUCCAAUGGAGCAGGAAGCAAUGCCAGCACUGCCACCCCACGCUUGUGUUUGACGUGUACAGACCACAGGCAGGCCAGUACCAAGAGCGAGGCAGUCUCGAAAGACUCCCUGCAUGUGACAGCGUCUCCCUCUGCCCUGCACGUACACACUCACCUGGGUGAUGCUGCUGCAACCACAGCCUGGUUUGGGGAUGCCAGCACUGCUGGCAAUUUGUCCUUGGCUUCAAGGCAAAUGGCAGAAAGAGAGUUGGCACCGCUGCCAGAGGAGACCGGCACCCGGGGUGAGGAAGAGAAAGAGGAGGAGGCAGGUGGGAAUACCCUGGCAUGGGUGACCAGACCAGCUCCCAAAUCUGCUGUUCCUGGGAAAGGGGAAGACCUUGGCAGAGGAAGCCGACUCCUUGCAGCCCAACUUGGCAUCCUGCUGGUCUGCACGGCCGCCCUGGGCCUGGCGCUGGCAGCCGCCGUGCGCUGUGUCUGUGCCCAGCACUGCCACAAGCGGACGGAGGUGUCCUUCGGCGAGCCGGACCCCGGCAUCGCCGCCAGGGAAAACGGGGAGGCGGUGCACUUCCGAAGGAUCCGGGAAAACAGCUUCGUGCUGGUGCAAGCCGAGUACAACUGGGUCAGCCCCCAGAGCAGAGGGAAGAAGACAAUCAUCUGAACAUCUGCAACGCUGAAAGCAGCGCUACAGCGGCCAGUGCGGGUGCAAAUAGCCCGGGCUGCACGGCACAGGUUAUAGGAGGUGGUGGUUUAGUUUCUCUGUGUGCUGCCAUGUAGGUAAACAAACUCAAAGCAGCCAGUUCAGACACAGGUGUUAGUCAAAAGUAUUUAAGCUACAGCUGUUGAGAAAAUAGAAGUUGAUAGAUUGUUCAGUGUGUUACACUUACUGCAAUUAAUAUUGUAUAUCUGCUCAUUAGCUGUCACUUCAGCCAUGACAUACACUUCCUCUGCUGCCUUAAGGGUGUAGCCAAAAAUAGAAAUUCUUCCUCUGCACUGUAGUAUUGACUCCUGUUUAAUCUCAGCAAAAGUUUCUAGUGUUAUAUUUCUCUCUAGGAACUACAAACCCGUGAUAUAAACCCAAUAAUUCUCAUUUAGGAGCUUACAGGUUUGAUUCUGUGCACCUGGUAUCUCUUGGAUGACAAAAUAUUUGCCGGUAGAUUUUAAGUUUCAAUUCGAAAAUAAAAAAGCAAUAACUCAUUAGUGGAGAACAUUGAUUCGAAGGACGCUGAAUUGAUCCAUGGGAGUGAAACACAGGGUGGCAGAUACCAGCUUUUGGGGGAGAAACAUGCCUCCUC